GUUUCGCUUCCGGUAUAAAGCUCAUCAGAGUUGGUCGGAUGAGCAGACAGAAUAAAGGCCGAUCUUCACACCCUGCUGAAAAAAAUGUCUGUACAGGGGUCACAGGAAUGCAGGAAAAGAAAAGAUGCCAUUCAAGAUGAAGGGAAGAGCAACGCUCACAAGACUGAAACAACAGCAUUAAUUAAUGGUAUGCAAUGAGAAACCUCAGGAUGGUGACACAGAAGAAAAGUGUAUUUCUGGGACAAGCUUGGACACCAGGUCUUCUCCAGCAGGUGACAGAACACAACAGAGCAAAACAGAUGUUCAAUAUAAGCAGACCGUUCAUACUGGGCUUUCUGGGAAAGAGAAAACACAGUCAACUCUUCAGGCUUCCAAGUUACCCUUAAAGAUAUGCGGUGAAAAGAGGCUAUUGUUUAAUGGAUCGUUGGAUGAACAAACAUUCACAGAGAGAAGUGGCAAAAAAAUAAAAAGUGACUGCAAUUCUGUGCAAAACUCUGUCCAGAUAGAGGCUGAGAUCAGGAAUAAAAAGAAGUCUCAUUCUGUGGUGAAAAUACGUAUGUCCUUCAAGCAAGAGUCUAUGAACGGGUUUUUGAAAGAUGUAACAGUUGAUCUGCAGGGGUAUCGAAACUACACCCCAAUGGUUGACCAACCACUUGAUGUGCAUACUUCAUGGGAAGGAUGUGCUGCACAAAGUAUUGAAAUCAUUGCAAGAAAGAGUAAACAAGAAGUGAACUUUGAUGUCAACACACCUAGUUCAGCAAUGGAACCUGCAGAUUUUUUACACUAUGCCAAAAUAGUUACACUUCUUGUUCAGGACUGGUAUGAAAAGCAGGAUAGGAAAGAUAUAUUUUUUAAGAUUGGUAAAUUUACUGUAAAACUGCGGUCAAGCAAUCUGUACUGUUGCCCUUUCAACCAAGCUGAGAAAGAAAGGAAAUUUCCUGACAGACAGCUAUCUUAUGCAACAUUAACAACAUCAGAAAACUUCAGCAAAAAAUAUUCUCAGACAGUUUGGAAUUACGUGGUGGGAAACCAUGGCAAAGUAUACUCUCAAAUAGAGACCCCUCAAGAUGCCGUUGCAUUAUGUGCGGUUUUAUUCUCAGAGGUUAUUAGAUAUCCUAACAUGUUUUUUCACAACAUUCUGAUGAUGCAGCAAUUUAAAACAUGGGAUGACUUUUGUAAUUACCAUCCAAUGGUGAAAGGUGGAACAUGGAAAUAUCAGGGAAAGAGUAGCAAUAUAUCUCAACAAGAAAAUCUCCAUAAGGGGAUAAAAAUCCCGGAAAAAGUAAAAAACAGAGAACAUGAAAACCAUUUAUUUUGUGUUAAGGAAAUUAUAAAAGAUAAGGAAAACAGAUGUUCGCCUUUUCAACUGAACUUACUAUAGGUGUCAGGAUCACCAGUUAGAGUGCCCUGCAAGUCCACUAGAGGGCACUCCUCUCGUCACCCAGACUGCCAACACAUUAGAGCUGAAGAUCUUGUGACCGACGGGUUCGGGCUUAAUUUCUAUCAUUUUAAAUGAGCGGUUAUGUGAUGCAUUCCGAUUAGCGCGAGAAAGAUGCGAAAAUGGAUGCUGAGGAGGUGAAACGGAGGCUUGUCUCUGGCGAUUACGUUUUGGUUGCACCAGCAACUAAAGCAAAGUCUGAGGUGUGGAAAAGUUUUGACCAUGUGCAUAAUGAGAAUAAUGAGCCAGUGGGAUAUGUGCUGAGAUGUUACGAUCUUACAGAGGACUUAUUUUAUUUCUUUGUUCCAACUUCCAAGUGGCCUAUAGCCUACGUUAGUCAUUAAUAAAUUGUGUUAAAACGUAUAAAUGACCCGUUCUUGACAAAAGGUGUGUGCGUGCGCACAUUUGAAUAGCCUAAUGUCGGGCUGUAAACGGGUUCGGGCUUUUAAAAAGCUGUCAAUCAAAAUGUACUUGUCGGGCUCGGGCCGAAUUCUGUCGGGCUCGGGCCCUGUCGGGCCUAACUUUUAAGGCCCGAUUACAGCUCUACAACACAUACUACAUUUCCCAUAACCCUCUGCCUGGACUCAUCAGCCAUCAUUGUAUUCACCUGUACAUUGUUAACUGUGUCUAUUUAUAGGUGGUUCAUUCUAGCAGUCAUUACUAAGUCUGGUCAGUGUUACAGCUACUUUUCUGAGCAUUACCAUCGGCUGUAUAUCUGGUUCUGGUUAUUUGGUUAACCCUGCUUUUGCCUGUAGGCUACCCUGUGGGUUUGUUUGCUCGCUCUGGUUGGACUGAUUACCUGUUUAUGGACUUUUGCAUGUUUUAUGGGUAAUGACUUGGAAUACUUCUGAAUAAACGAUUGCAUUUGGAUUCUCACCCUUUGUGUCUCCAUGUAGCCUGAUGACAAUAGGAUGUACAUACACGCAUAUAGCUGGCGUGGUUGUCUUUGGAAUGGGCUUUGGGGGUAUGGGAGCUGAACACGCAGCAACCCUCGAAGCUUCACCCGAAGAAAGGCACUCAGCUGUUUGUGUGUAGUUUAUGUAUAAUAAAUAUUGAGCAACAAUUCAUGAAAUAAAAUUUGGAAACUUCA